CCUCGGCUGCCUCCGACUGCUCACAUAGCUACGAAUCCGCUUACUGAGCGUCCAAAUUAAAAAGGCACCUCCGCGUUUCACUUGAUUAUUCUCGACUGUCUUCACUCCGCGAACCUUAACGGAAGUGCAACAACAAGCCGCACGGCUCGGUUUAUGUUUCGCACUCGUUCAGAUUCUCGCUUUGCUUCUUGUUAUUAUUAUUAUUUUUUCAGCCCUGGAAGUAUUCUUUCUCAACACAAGGACGUGUUUUUGUAGCUACGCGAAGAGCGACCUCGACUUUCGUAGACAUGUGUGUGAGACGAGACUGUCAAUUCAAGAGCCUCUUCGCGGUUUUGGUUCUGGCCGCUGCCGUGGCCCAAAUACAUGGACAAGUCUUAGGUCCCAAGGAUAUCAGUCAGAGGACAAUGGACCCAGACAGGGACUCAUCAACAAUGGACAGAGAGAGCGAAGUCCAUGCUGUCACCACUGUCUCACCAAUGAACGUCCCCAACCACCAGCCUGUCCUCAAGGGCCUGUUGCUUCAUGAGCACCUACUUACACGGGACUUCCAGGGUGACCAGCACUUUUUUAGGAGGGAUGGCUCUGUGGCCGCCUAUUCCACCAUGCCAGGCUCUGUGUCUGCCUCAGAUGCAAAAGACCCUGUCACUCAGUUGGUGCCCCACGAGGAUGCCCCAGCCUUCUCAGACAUUGCCUCUACUGCCACCGUGGCUGCCACCUCCCCACUGACCACAUUUUCUCCUACAACACCAAGGCCGCCCAUGUCUCUCCCUCAAAAGAAGAUAUCUAAAGAGAGGACCAGGGGGGAAGACAAGGUAGAACCAACAACAGACUCCCUCACUACUCAAGUGACCCCCAACAAUAGAGGUUCAGUCAGUGAAAACAACCCAGUGGCUUCCUUAUCCUCGCAGAGAAGUCGGCCUCAAAGUUGGAGUGCUUUUCCCGCAGAGGGAACCCUUGCACCUUCCUCAAUGAGGGUGGAGAAAGGGGAUGCUAGGGAAACAGCAGUGAAAAACAAAACCAGCCCAGAUCAUCCACUCCUCAACCCAACUUCAGCAUCCAGAGAAGAGGGUACCACCAUGACGUCCACAACCGUUACCACAACAACCACCAUCACCACCGUGCAAACAGCAGAACCAUGCAGUCUGAAUUUCACUGACCCUGAGGGUAACAUCGAAAUUCUGCAGCAACUUGACUCUGGAGUGGAGUGUAACUACUUGGUUACGGUCUACCUGGGAUAUGGCAUUGAGGUUCAGGUGCUAAAUGUGAGUGUGUUGGAGGGGGAGCAGGUGACAGUGGAGGAUACAGGUGGCCGAGAACCAUUCAUCCUUGCCAAUGAGUCAGUCUUGAUGAGGGGCCUUGUACUACGCAGCUGGAGCAACCAGAUCUCCAUCCGAUUUCGUAGCGACCAACAGCACAACUCCGGGUUCGUCCUGCUGCACUACCAAGCCUUUGUGCUGAGCUGUGCGUUCCCCAAAGAGCCUGCUGGCGGAGAAGUUUCUGUGACGCACCUCCAUGCUGGCGGAGAAGCCUUCUUCCGCUGUUUCACGGGCUACAAGUUGCAAGGCCCCAAAAUGCUUACCUGUCGCAAUGCAACCACACCUUACUGGAGUGGAAAGGAGCCCCGAUGUGUGGCAUCCUGUGGGGGAAUGAUAAAAAAUGCCACCUACGGUCGUAUCGUCUCGCCGGGUUUCCCUGGCAACUACAGCAACAAUCUGACAUGCCACUGGGUCCUGGAGGCCCCUGAAGGCCACCGGCUUCACAUUCACUUUGAGAAGGUGGCUCUGGCAGAGGACGAUGACAGGCUGCUGAUAAAGAAUGGCAACAACAUAGACUCUCCCCCUGUGUACGACUCAUAUGAGGUAGAGUAUUUGCCCAAUGAGGGCGUGCUCAGUACUGGACGUUACUUGUUUAUAGAGUUCACCACAGACGGGACAAUGACCUCCACUGGUGCAGCCAUCAGAUACGAAGCUUUUGCAAAAGGUAUGUGCUACGAGCCCUUUGUGAAGUACGGCAACUUCAGCAGCAGUGACUCUACCUACGGUGUGGGUGCAGUGGUAGAAUUCUCAUGUGACCCUGGCUACACCCUGGAGCAAGGCUCCGUAGUGAUAGAGUGUGUGGACGCACAAAACCCCCAGUGGAAUGAGACUGAGCCGGCUUGUAGGGCUGUGUGCAGCGGGGAGAUCACAGACUCUGCCGGUGUGGUGCUGUCUCCUAAUUGGCCUGAGGCCUAUGACAAGGGGCAGGACUGCAUCUGGGGCAUCCAUGUGGAAGAGGACAAGAGGAUCAUGCUUGACAUCCAAGUUCUCCAUGUUGGCAAGAAUGACCUGCUGACCUUCUAUGAUGGUGAUGACCUGACAGCGAACAUCCUGGGCCAAUACAGUGGCACACGGCCACACUUCAAGCUCUAUACCUCCAUGGCUGAUGUCACAAUUCAAUUUCAGUCAGAUCCUGCCACCAACAUCUAUGGCUACAACAAUGGUUUUGUGGUCCACUUCUUUGAGGUGCCGAGGAACGAUACCUGCUCUGAGCUGCCGGAGAUCACCAACGGCUGGAAGAGCACAUCUCACCCUGACCUCAUCCAUGGCACUGUCAUCACCUACCAGUGCUACCCUGGAUUUGAGCUGGUAGGCUCUGAGAUCCUCAUGUGCCAGUGGGAUCUCACUUGGAGCGGUGACGUGCCAAGAUGUGGGGAAGUUAUGACAUGUCAGGACCCUGGAAAUGUGGAGCACAGUCAUAAGGUGAUCACGGGAAGCCGCCUCACCGUUGGAUCGACAGUGCAGUUCAUCUGUAAUAAAGGCUACGUCCUGUCUGGCAACAGCCUCCUCACCUGCUACAACCGAGAUUCAGCCACACCCAAGUGGAGCGAGAGGCUUCCCAAGUGUGUCCCUGAAAAGUAUGAGCCAUGCAGGAACCCUGGUGCUGCCUCCACUAGUGUGCAGAGCUCUGAAAAGGCGUUUUACCAAGCAGGGGAGAUGCUGACCUUCUCCUGCCACUCAGGGUAUGAGCUUCAGGGUGACGCCACCAUCUACUGUAUCCCUGGACAUCCGUCGCAGUGGAAUAGCACUCCCCCUGCCUGCAGAGCAUCCUCAACUCAAUAUGUGAACGAACGCAGGCUAGAUGUUGUUAAUAUGGAUUAUGGCAUGGAGGGAACCAAUAUUGCCCUUGCAGUUUUUAUUCCAACUGCAAUCAUCUUGGUGGUUGUCCUUGGGAUUUAUGUCUACUUUGCCAAACUCCAAGGGAAGUCUAUCAGAAUGCCAACAUCCUCGCCACCGUAUGACAACAUGACAGAAGAGUCAGCUUUCGACAACCCUGUGUAUGAGUGCGGAGUAAGUACAGAUGUCAUGAACAUGCGAGACGUGGAUUCACAGAACACCAGUGUGCUGUCCUGAUCCUUUCCCAUCUGGCUGCCAUCCUGUCAUCAUCUCAUAUUUCACCAGCAGAGGGCUCCCUCCGCCUCACCUUUCAUCACCUCAUCAAUCAUCAGUAAAAGCUAGUGGUCUUAGCUGAUGAUGUUGCUCUUAAGAAUAUAAAGGAAGGACACUUUACCUCACCUCACUGUGUGGUCAGAGGUCAGUUUUCUUCCUGGAUUUCCAUACAUCAUCCACCUGGAGGAGUGAGAGUGACAUGUUAGGCUUGCAGUCCAUCAUUCUCAUUGUGGUAUGACAUCUCUUACCCAUGUCAUAUAAAUGUAUCAUGUUGCAUGCUGCAAUCACAGUAUUAUUCAUUCAUAGAUGUACCUGUGCUAAUUGUAUCACAAAGAUAGAGGAGGCCAUAUAGCCAUAGGCUUCUAUGUGAAUGUAUGGAUGCACGACAUCUCCUGUUUGUUUUUAUUUUCAUGUACUGGUCUCAAUUGUGACUGGAGCGUCCUCUCAUCCUUUUCCCCCUGCUCCUUCAGCACUGGCAGUCUCAUUCUAGAUACUAAACCCUGUCAGUCUGUCAACCUUGGCUGUACUGCUGAAGAACUAUGAGGUGAGAUCUUGCUGAGGGCAUAUCUCACUCACCUGAGUCACCUGUCUGUCAUGUUUUGACUACCUCUCCCAACCUGCACACACAUUCUGGUUUUAAUGCAGCAUAGUUUUCUACAAAUCCUCCAGUCAUUCUGCUCUUUCUUCUACUUUGAUGUCUAAAACCACAUUUCUGUAAUUACAGACUAUGAUAGGUACACAGAACCACUGGAUAGAAAGAAUUUGAAACACAAUGCUAGUGCAGUCCUGGGAUAUAUGGCAUACACAUCUUGUUUGUAUACACCUAAAAUAAUGGAUAAAAGAUUAGGAGAGAUUUCACAUGAAUGAAAACUUUAUACCUAUAUGUUUCUCUUUUUUGGUACGAUGACAAUUGUAUAUGUGUGAUUGUAACAUCUACAUUACAUGCAUACUGGUCAUAUUUAGUUUUAUGUGUUUUAGUGUCUUUAAAGUGUUUACCUUAUACAACUUAUUAUUUUGUUAAUUGCAUGUUUCUUAAGAAAAGAUUGAUGUAAUAACUAAAGUUGCCAACAGAUAAAUAUACAAAAAAUAAGGAAUAAUUGGGAAAAAGAAAUGUCAGACUAUAGUUAAAACCUGAUCCAUAUGGUACCACUUUCAAAAUACUACAGAUAGUGUUUUUUUCCUGCAGUAGUCAUUAGUUCAUGUGUUGUUUAUCAUUUGUGAAAAUUUCAGAUAAUAAAUGGUAAUGGCAAUUAAUAGUGGUCCACCAAAGUAACAUAUCCAACACUUUCUAUUGUCAGUAUGUAAUUAGUUCUGUUUCUGUUGUGUUCAUACCAAAUUCUUGUUAAGGCACUGUUUUCUCAUUUCAGGUUAAUCAAAAUGUACAAGACAAUACUGAUAAACAGUAUUUCUUUCAUAAUAAGUCAUUAUUAUGCCAACACUAUAAAGUACAUGCAUUUUUCUACCCUCACAGGUCAUUUUGCAUGUAUGACAAAUCAGAAAGACACAAUUGCAAAUUAAAAACAUAUAUUUGUUUUUAAUAUUUCAAAGUUUAUCUGUUGUAUUGUAAAUGUUUCUUUGUGCAUCACAAAUUGUACAAUCCUCCACCAUUGUGAUUCCAUUUUAACGGAUAUAUUUGUCUGAUCUUUACAGGUCAAAUGAAAAAGAUUAAGAGGUGUCCAUUUAGAGACCUUAAAGCAAGAAUUGCUCAAGCUUUGCCUUUUGGGACCCUCUCUGCACUGCUCAUCUUUUCCUCCAACCUUUUUGUUCCCCAAUGAUUUCUUUCCAUUUUCCCUUUGUGUGGAUUACUGUAAAUAUGUCUUUCUUUCGACGGUCAAAUCUGUGAGUCUGUGGAUCACCAUGGUGAUAUUUUUAUAAAGUAAAUUGCUGAUGACCGUUGGUGAUUGUAUGUUUUUGAGUACUUUUUGAUGCCCCAAGCCAGUAGCAAUUAGAGAUUGAGGGAAUUUGAUUGUUGAGAUCUGUUGGAUACAAAUUCUCCAUCACCCAACACUCUUUGGAAAUUUGCCAUCAUGACUUUCUUUUCUUUCUGUGUACGGGUCUGCUAUUUGUAAAUAAACUGCCUGUCCAAUAUGAGUGCCUCACGACUGACUAUAACCUGAGAAAUCACAUGUGAAAAUGUUUGUAAAACUGGAUAUUUCGUUUUAAUUUUGUAUUUGCAGGCCUGACAUUCUUAGCACUCCACAGUGUUCAGUCUUUUCCAUCACACAGUUUCUCUUCAAGACAUAAAAACAAAUGAUGGCGGAUAUUUUCCUGCUUGCUGAUGUGUGUUCCCAAGAGCAUAGCCUCAGAGGAUUUCUCAGAUACGCAUAACUUUGUUCUUAUGUCUCACUGUAAAGUCUGCCUCAAAGUAUAAGUAGCAAUUUGUUAAUUUGUGUAUGUUCCAAAAUGUGGUUGCACCUCAGCAUUAGCACACCCUGAGAUAAAACCCUGUGAUAAUAUACAGUAAUCACAUGAUUGACCUAACUUACUGGUGCCGGCUAAAAUAGAUCCUUAUGUAACAGACAGGUUUUUACUUUGGGUCACAUUGUUGUGGUGCAUCUGCUUGUGUUAAAUUUGUAGAUAGACCUCAUAUCCUUUGUGCAUAUCCUUUAUACUCCAACAAAUAUUUCUUUCAGCAGCGCAGCUGGUGAAACCACACCCAGGAAACCAAAUCACCUUCAAAUAUCUAUAUAAUCCUCUGGUUAAUAAUAAAAUGAAUUGUUGUUUAAA